CAAGACUACUCAAAAUCUAAUAAGUAUCGUGAUAGAGGAGAAAUGUGAAGAAUGAAUGUUUUUUUCAGGAAAGAAAGAAAGAAUGAAUGUAUGUUUUUGUUUAGUUUAUUUAUUACUCCAUACUCAUACUCCAUUGUAAAAAAAGAAAAAAGAAAAAAAAUCCAUCUAAAAAUUUGACUAUAGCAUGUUUGUACUUCAGUUCAGUUCAGAUUCUAAUUUUUUCAAUUCAGUUCAGUUUAAAUAUAAUAAGUUCACUUCAUUUAAGUUCAAUAUACAAGAACAAACUCUUACUCGUGAUUUUUUUUAGAAGUAAGAACUUAAGAAGUACGAUAGUAGUAAUUCUGCAAUCCUCCAUUCUGAAACACAAAAUCCUUCAUUUCGCAAAACAAUGAAGCGUAAGAAGUGGUCUGAAAUCGAAGAAAAUACCCUUCUCACUAAAUACGCGGAGCUCCAAAAUUCCGGGACUUUAUCAAAGUUAAGAACUCGAGAGAAGAAAUUCAAGCCAAUUGCUGAUCAUUUGAACGCAAUUCAUCAUCUUCAAGAUCCGGUUAACUUCCCAUUUAAGUGGUCAUGGCGAGAUGUAUCGAUUAAGGUCCAAAAUAUGAGGCAUCAGUAUUUGGGGGUGAAGCAGAAAAUUAGGGUUUCAGAUGGGGAUUUUAAUUGGGAUGAUGGGGAGAAUCAUUGGGAGAAUUUCAUCAAGUAUAAGGAGGUUUUUGGGGAUGUGGAGCUUGAAUUGAAGGAUAGUAAGAAAUUGGGUGUUGGGAAUUUUAAUGAAAUUGGGCUUUUUGGGGGAAAUGGGGAUGAUGGGUUAGGGUUAGGGUUUGAGAUUGACUGUGAUGAUUUUGAGGAGGAUGGUGAAGUGGGUGAGGAAGAGGAUGAGGAGGAGAGAGAAGGGGAUGAUUCUGUUUGUGGAGAGGAAGAGGAGAAUGAGGGAAAGAGUGAGAGUUUGGGGAAGAAAUUGAAGAAGAGGAGGAUUGCAAUGUUGGGUGCUAGGGUUGUGGAGUUGAGAAAUGUUUUGGUGAAGAGGGAUGAGAGGAGGAAGGAGAGGGAGUUUGCUAGAGAAGACGGGUUGGCGGCGAAGGAGGCAGGGAGGAUUGAAAUGGAGAAUUUGAAGGAGAAGAGGGUGAGGGAGGCAGAGGAGAGGGUGGAGGAGAGAGAAUUGGAGUUGGAAGAGAUGCAAUUGAAGUGGGCAAGAAAGGAAUUUGAUAGGAAAGUGAGGUUUGAGAGGGAGUUUGAUGAGGAAAGGCGGCGAAGGAUGAAGAUGGAGGAGAAGAGGGAGGAACAGGAGCUUGAGUGGAGGGAGAGAAUGUUGAGUUUGCAAAUUGAACAUGAGAAGCAAACAAUGCAAAUGCAUGCUGAUGCUUGCCAAAACCAGUUGCUAAUUCUCGGUAUCAUGGCACGGUUUAUGUGUCAGUUUUUCGGGUCAUCUGGUGAUGGUUUGGGUGGUGUACUAGGUGGUCUUCCUCCCCAGGUUCUGCAGAAUCUGCAACACCCAGGAGCAGGGGACUUGGGGGAUAACAGCAAGCCUGGAUCCAAUUCUUCUCCAGAGUUUAUGUGAAUGCCUGCAUAGCCUAUAUUGAAAGGUUCUUCCAAAACGUCAAGUCUGUUUAUUAGGAGCAAUCCUCUGUAAACAAUUCUGUAUUUGCAAUCAUAAGAUUUGUAACUUAUAUGGCGAUUAAACCCCGAGUGCACAAAGUUGGUUACAACAUCUAUACUUCUCUAACAUGGGUGCUGGAAUUACUAUUUUUUCAUCUAUUCGUGCUGUGGGACGUUAGAGGUCUUAUAUACAGUCAUGCAUAAUGUGACUGGCUUAGGCAAAUUUUUAUCCUUGCUUUGUUGAUGGUGGUGAAGAAGUGGCUUGUGAUUGUAUAUAUAGCCAAUAUUAACAAGCAUCAAGGAACUAGAAAGUGGAGGAGAAGAAAGAGAGUUUUUAUUUAAGGGUUUGAGAAUAUUAAACUGUGUUUACUCUGAUUAGUAAUUUAGUAUAUUCCUUUUGACUUGUGGCUUUCUUGCUGAAUUUUUUUAAGCAUUUGGCGUUAACAAUUGAAAGUAUUACAGGACCCCACUGGGUGAUGAAUCUAAUGAUUUACAGAUUGUGUAACAUGAAUUGUAAUGUGAGAAAAUUGUAUAAGUGGCGUGACUGGAUCAGUCUCUAUGUUUUAUUAAGUACAGUUUUGUUGUUUAUGGUAA